CUCAUGCUGAUAAGAAUCCAUAGCUCUCCUGACUUGGCUUGAACUUGGCAUGAUAGGGCAGGGCCUACAACGGACUUGAGUCUGCGAUAAGCUUGCAUAGUGUUUAUCAAGACUGAAUAAAAAGCUCGCAGUGCCUCAUUUUCUAUCAAGUCCCCAAGACAAUUCUUCAAUUGUAUACUACAACAACUUCACGUUACAUCAAUUCAUCAUGAGCAACCCACUCGUGGUUAGCAUCUCCAACCUGGCGGCUUACACGCCCCAAGAAACAAUCGAGCUUGUUUCCCGUUCUGGCGUCAAGAGAGGCAACAUGCGUCCAGACAAGGUCUUUCUCUCUGCUGUCUCCGCGGGAUGUCUUCUUGGCUUUGGCUGUGGCGUCUCGCUAUGUGCCAUGACAGCCCCCUGGUACACUGAGAACGCGCCCGGUUUGGUAAAGCUUUUUGGCGCUGGUGUUUUCCCUCUGGGCCUAGUGCUUGUUGUGCUUACAGGCGCGGACUUGUUUACUGCAACUACUAUGUUUACCUUGACUGCUGUCCUUCAAGGUCGGCUUCCGAUCCGAAAGAUGCUGCUGCAUUGGUUCCUUUGCUUUUUCGGCAAUCUUGCAGGAUCGCUAUUUGUCAUGUCCAUCAUUAUGGGAUAUGGCGGAGUUUUUGAUGCAUCACCCUACAAAGAAGUCGUCAUUUCAUUCGCCAGCAAGAAACAAAUCUCUCCCCAAGUUCAUCAAAUCUUCCUCAAAGCAAUCGGCUGCAACUGGCUCGUCUGCCUCGCCGUAUUCCUCGGCAUCCAAGCCAAGGAUCUCGCCUCCAAGGUCAUCGGCAUGUGGUGGCCCAUCUUUGCUUUCGUUGUCCUCGGCCUCGAACACGUUGUCGCCAAUAUGUUCUACAUGUCUCUCGCCAUUUGGCUCAAGACACCUGAUCUUACUGUUGGACUGUACAUCUGGAAGGGCAUGAUCCCAGCAACGAUUGGUAACAUUAUUGGCGGUGGCAUGUUUGUCGGCGUGUACUACUGGUACAUGUACUUGUUUGACGAGGACCCUGUUAAGAUUGAUGGUGUUGAGUACCAGGGUCCCCAUGUGGACUCUCACAUGCACAUGCACUUCCUUGCAAACAGAAACAAGAGUACCGUCACCGAUGAGGAGAGUAGGAUCGAGUCAGCGCCUGUUUCAGUGCCGGCCAGUGUUCUCGCGAAAUAGGACAUUCGGAGGUGGAAUGAUAGAUACGAAAAUUGUUAUGAUUCUUUAGAUAUAGAGUACCGCUACU